AUGGCGGCUCAAGAUCAGAACACCGUUGGUGUCGACACACCUAUCAGCCCUACCACGCUUAAGAACCCUCAGAGAAACGGCAGCGUCGUGCCCAUUCCUGGUGAUGAUGGCGAAGGCCCAAUCGAGGUUCCUGCCACCAGGAACUCCAUCUCUGAGGCUUCCAAGUACAUGCACAACUUGAGCGUGUCACCGUCGAUGAAGGACCGCCGUGGUUCUCGCAACUCUUUCGGUACAUCGCUGCCUAUCCCUAGAUCGAAGAGACAAUCCCGUCUCUCCUCGGUCCACUACCCCGAUGGACUUCAAGAAGGCAGGCCGGCGCGCCCCGGUAUGCCCCCGAUCCAGCCCACCCGCGCUUUGCUGGCAUCUCAGAUUCAGGACCAGUCUGUGGAGAAGGUGCAGAAGGCUAAGAACAUGGCUUUCGCUUUCGACAUCGAUGGUGUUCUCGUCCACGGCGACCGUCUGAUUCCUGAGGGCAAGCGCGCUCUCGAGAUCCUCAACGGCGACAACGAGUUGGGAAUCAAGAUUCCCCACAUCUUCCUCACCAACGGUUCCGGAAAGCCUGAGAAGGCCCGUUGCGAGCAAUUGACCAAGAUUCUUGGCAACCCUGUCAGCACUGAACAAUUCAUCCAAUCCCACACUCCCAUGAGUGCUCUCGCCGAGUACUAUAACACCGUCCUGGUGGUUGGUGGCGAGGGCUUCAAGUGCCGCGAAGUCGCCGAGCUUUACGGUUUCAAGGACAUUGUCGUUCCUAACGACAUUGUCGCCUGGGAUGAGACCAUCGCUCCUUACCGACACUUCUCUCCUUGGGAGAGGGCUUCUUCCAAACCCCGUGACUUCAGCAAGGUCAACAUCGAGGCUAUCCUGGUCUUCUCCGACUCCCGCGACUACGCUACAGACAUGCAGAUCAUUAUGGACUUGCUGCGCAGUGAGAACGGACGUCUUGGCACGUUGGCUAAGGACCCCGUUUCGCAGAGAAUCCCCAUCUACUUCUCUCAGGGCGACAUGCUCUGCCCUACUGAGCACUGGUACCCCCGCAUGUCCCAGGGUACUUUCCGUAUCGGCCUCGAGGCCAUGUACAAGGCCAUUACUGGUGCCGACCUCGAGCGUGUUGUUUACGGUAAGCCUGAGGCGGCCACCUACAAGUACGCCGACGAGAUCAUGACCUCAUGGAUGGAGACAAUCCACGGAGAGGAGAAGUUGCCCGAGAACAUUUACAUGGUUGGUGAUAACCCCGCUUCUGAUAUUAUCGGAGGUAACAUGUACGGCUGGAACACCUGCUUGGUUCGCACUGGUGUCUUCCAGGGCGGUGACAACGACGAGAACAACCCCGCCAACUUUGGCGUGUUCAAGAAUGUUUUGGAGGCCGUCCAGACUGCUCUGCGCAAGGAGCUUGGCGAUGACUUCAAGAUGGCGUUCGACGAGACCGUCAACCCUGUCUUGCACGGUGACAAGGCUGAUACUGCCGCCAUCGUGUAA